AUGUCUCCUGCAAUACUUUCCAGUGAUUCUAUUGAAACCCCAGCCGCAUCUUUUCCGGAAGUGCAUAUUCCCAGGGAGAAGAAGGCGGGUCUUCGUACCAUAUCUUUAUAUCAGCUUCAGGCUGGUUCCGCCUCAGAACGGAAUCUUUUGCUUGAGACUUGUAUGAGCGAUGGGUUUUUCUACCUUGAUCUCACACACCCAAACUUCUCCUCACUUUUGGAUGUCGUCAAUGCUACCUUCAACUGCUCGAAAGAGUUGUUCAACUAUUCACCUGAGAUCAAAGGCUUGUUUGACGUGGACAAGAUCUCGGACUUGAAGGUGAACGGCUAUAAGCCCAAGGGCCGAAACGUUGUCAGUAAUGGCAAGGACGGCAAGAACGAUGGAUUCGAAAGCUGGGUGUUUCCACGGAACGGGAUCUUCCAUCUCUCAAAUGAGCCUUUCCCACACCCCCCAGUAAUUGCCAAGCAUCUCCCAGACAUCAGUGGCCUGAUUGGUGGUCUCAGUUCUGCCGCCAAUACCAUACUUAGUUCCCUCUCUGAUACCCUUUCCUUGCCGGCUGGUCAACGCCUCGAGGACUUCCAAGGGCUGAACCGCCCAUCGCCCGAUAUUUUGCGUGUACUCAAGUACCACGCAAAUUCUAACACCGAUGUCAUCCCACAGACGCCUCAUACUGAUCUCGGUAGUCUGACCUUUGUAUUUUCGACGACUCCUGGCCUCCAGGUCCUGCCCCCCGGUGUCCAGCAAACGCCUGGUGCAUCCAGUGAAUCUGACUGGCUCUACGUUGAGCCACGACCUGGGCAUGCCAUCGUGAAUAUCGGCGACUGUAUCACUAUAAUGACCAAUGGUGUUCUCAAAAGUGCCCUUCACCGUGUCGGCCCUGUCACUGGAUCCGCAAUGCCAGAACGUUACAGCAUGGCGUACCUCAUGAGGCCUGAGGAUGAAACAGUGCUUCGCGCUCUAGAUAGUCCUCUCAUCCCUAAGUCUGUGGUUGUUGGAGAAGAUGCUGUUACGAGUGGUACCUGGAUUAGAAAGAAGUUCAAGGCCCUUCGUGGCCAAAAAGAUGCGGGGAAUAUGGAUAAAAUCCUUACUGGAGGAAGGGGAGUUUUGGAACAGAGCGUAAAUUGA